CGUUGCAGUGCCGGUGGCGUACUUCGCGCUGGUGGUGCACAACUACCAUGCGGCGAUGCUGUCCGAGAAGAUCCUAAAGGCGUACGCCAGGGACUGGACCGUGAUGCGGUGAAGCCACUCGCCCCGCGCCACCCGAGGUGCGCCCCGCAAGCGAUGAACGCAGCGGAGGAAGCAGCCAAUAGCAGCGCCGCCAAGGCGAAAGCCCACCGACGGCCCCAGACGGCAGUGGCGGUGCAAGCGGGCGGGGCAUGUGCUGGCUCGGGCUGUACCUUGCUAUUGACUAGAUGGAGAUCUUCGAGUCUGCUUAUGGGGGACGCGUUGGCUGCCUCGAGGCGGGUGGUGCGGUUCUGCUCCGAGGAAGGCGCGCGUUCUGCCCCCAGGAUGGCGGGCCUUCUGCUCCCAGGAGGGCGCGCCUUCUGCCCCCAGGAGGGCGGGCCUUCUGCCCCCAGGAGG